AUGUUGCUUGCUAAAGAUUCGAUGAAGGUUGUCAACACAAAACUAAUUCGAAUUGUGAAUAUUUUGAGUUUCUUCAAGAGUUAUCCAUGGGAAAAAGAGAUAUUUCAAUUGACCAUUGAUUAUCUAAAUAAGAAAAGUGACCUAAAGAAGCAGAGUGAAGUAUUUGAUGAGAAGCAAAAGGCAUCCUUUGCUCUAUUCGGAUUUCCUUGGGCAUUCAUGGUGAAGAAUAACAUCCUUAAUGGAUUGAAGAAAGAUUUACAAGGGGUGACUAUCCUUACUUCAAAUGGGGACAGUGAUGAUGACGGGAAUUUGGGUGGUAAACCUAUUGGAAUAAAGAAGAGAAAGCUAAGAAAGAAGAAAAAUCUAAAAAAAAAAGCAACAAUAGAUGAAGAAGAAGGUGAGAAAGAAGAAGCUGAAAAAAUAGAAGCAGCUGAUGAAAAAGAAGAAGCUGAGAAAGAAACAGUAGGUGAAAACGAAGAAGAAAUUGAUAAAGAAGCAACAACAAAUGUUGAAAAAGCUAAAGAUGGAAAGGAAGAAGCAACAGAUAAAGAAGCAGGAGAAGACAAAAAAGAUGAACAGAAAGAAGAAAAAGGAGCAGACAAAAAAGAUGUGGUCAUGGAUAUCGUUGAUUUCAUCAAUGAUAACAUUUUUGAUGAUGAUUAA